AUGGCAGACAGCGGCAAGUAUUCAUUUGUUCUUGGGAUCGAGCUUUUGGACGGUGAAGAUGGCAGUGUGACUCUGUGUCAGCGCCAUUAUGUCGAUGAUGUCCUCAAGCGCUUUGGAAUGGAGGAGUGCAAGGCUGUGGCGAUUCCUGUGGAUGUCAGUUCUCGACUGAUGUCAAGCAGCACAGCGAGCAAGAUCGAUGUUCCAUUCCGUGAAGCUGUUGGUCCCCAAGAAGAACACUGGGUUGCGGUCAAGCGCAUCUUUCGCUACCUACAAGACACCAAGAUGCAUGGAAUGUGCUCCAAGCCAAGUGCAAGGAUCGACUUUCGUGGCUAUUCGGACGAAGACUGGGCCGGCGACCUUACUGAUCGCAAGUCAACGUCUGGCUACGUCUUCAUGCUAUUGGGUGCUCCAGUGAGUUGGGUCAGCAAGAAGCAGCCAAGUGUGUCACUGUCUACAAGUGAAGCGGAGUACAUUGCGCUAAGUCUGGCGAUUCAAGAAGGCAAGUGGAUCCACCGCUUACUGUGCGAGAUCAUGGCAGCUGCUAAUGAGGACGGACCCGAUCUCAUGGUCCGAGAAGAAAACCAGUCCUGCAUCAAAAUGACCAAGAAUCCGGUCAACCACGGCCGCGCCAAACACAGUGAUAUAAAAUACCAUCACAUUCGCGAUGAAGUCAAGCGCGGUGAAGUGAAGCUUGAAUAA